AUGAGUGACUCAACCUUUAUAAGUACUGAACAGCCGGAUUCUUAUAUUACGGGACAUGUUAAUAAUUUAACUAAAGAUCAAAACGCAUUAUUGAGAUUAUGUUGGUAUUGUUUAUUUCUUUUACAAGAUCUUGAUGAUUUAGAUAAAACUUCAUCAACCAACAAUCUUAACAACCAGUCAUGUGUUGAAGUUAUUGACUCAACUUUUAGGAAUAAUAACUUUAAAAAAAAAAUAAAAGAAUACAACACUAAACAUCCAAAUCCUGACAAAAGUAACGAGUUUUUUGAGCUUAUUUCCAGUUUAGAAUCUUAUGGGCCUGGAGAAUUAAGAAAAACAUUAUGGAGCUUCGUAGCAGCCGAUGAUCCUGAUGUUACGAUUCUUCGUUUUUUACGUGCAAGAAAAUGGAAUGUCGAGAAGUCAUUAUCAAUGUUUGCAAAGACCAUAAAUUGGAUGUCGAGUUUUGGUGUUAGAGAUAUAAUAGAGGGAGGCGAAGAAGGAAUGAGUAAAUAUUUUGAGAGUAAAGGUGUUAAAAAUUUUAUGAAUCAAUUUUCAAGUGGUAAAAGUUUUUCCAGAGGAACAGAUAAAGAUGGAAGGCCUAUUUGGUAA